AUUCUAAGAAUUAAAAGCGAUGAUUUCCGUAGACAGCAUUAACCAGUUGGUCUUUGGAAUGGUGACACAUUGUGUUUUCUUAGAGUACAUUUGAAGAGUCAGAAGUACAUCACAACUAAAUGGUUGAAUAAUGGCAUAUAUUGAAAAGGGCCAGAAUUUUGUAGAAGUGACAUUCACAACAAACAUUAAGGAAGAGAAUCCCAUUGACAUAACCAAAGACACUAGUGAUGCUGUGUGUGAUUCAUCACUUCCAGUCCCAUGGGAAAACUUUGAAUUUGUGUCUGUGAAGGAAGAAAUUAUUGAUGAAUUCCUGACAGAUGAGCAUUGCCUGCAGCAGAAACGUGCAGAUAAAUUAGACAUAUGUAUAGAAGAAUGUACUAUUUCUAGUGAGAAUGACAUUUUCUGUUCUCAACCAUUUUCUCAAAAUGAAGUUCAAGACACUCAUAGAAAGUUUAUUAUCUCAUCUGAGAAAGUGUCAGUGCUCAUCACACAGAAAGAAGUUGAACAGAAGAGUUCAGACAUCCAUUUCAUGGACCACAUCUUCAGCACCAGACUCAUUUUUAUCUUCUAUUUUCAAUGCACAUGUGUGUUCUUAAUUUUAUCAGCAGUUACUUAGUAGGAGGAUGGUUCCUUAUGCAUACCGUAGUGAACACAGUACAGGCUGAUCCUAAGGAAAAUGUGACCUCAACAGACCCUUCAAUCAAAUUCACUGCAUCUCAAGUAAAUUAUUCUUUACAUUGCAAAAAUAAAUACCAUUCUCAUGGAUAUAUUAAUACUUCCUCUGAAGAUGGGUAUGUCAGGCAUGGUGAAGGAAGUGGUUUUGAAAUUCAGGCAGAUGCUCAGAAACAGAUGUCUUUUAUAAACAAAACAUAUGCUUAUACUGAAAAUGUUAACUACAUCAAAAGUUACAGAUGUCCAGUAUGCUGUAAAACAUUUGCAUUACAGUCCAACAUGAAGAAACAUAAACAAGUACACAGUGGGGUGAAACCAUACCAUUGCUCUCAGUGCAUGCAGUGUUUCACACGAAAGGCUGAUUUGGAAAGACAUAAGGGAGUGCAUACUAAUGACAGACCAUAUCAUUGCACUGUGUGUAGGAAAUCCUUCAAGUAUAAAUAUGGCCUUUCAAUGCAUUUCAAAUUGCAUAAAGGAGAAGGUCACGACUGCCUUGUGUGCAAAAAAUCAUUCAGUACUCGACAUAUUUUAGAACGUCAUAAGAAAACCCACGCAGAACAAAAGAUUUUUCAGUGUUCGUUGUGUAAAGCUGUAUUCAAUGAAAGAAAUUGCCUUACUAAACAUUCAAGGAUUCACACGAAUGAACGCCCACGACCUUAUGACUGUCAUCUUUGUAAAAAGAAGUUUAUCACUCGUCAUGAUUUGGAACGACAUUGUAGAACUCAUACUGGAGAAAAACCCUAUCAGUGUGCAACAUGUGAGAAAGCAUUCAGUGAUCGUGGUGAUCUUACUAGGCAUUUAGUUGUUCAUUCAGGUGAGAAACGAUACAUAUGCACAAUUUGUAAAAAGGCCUUUACUAUGCAAAGUUCAUUAAAAACUCAUGCCAGAGUUCAUUCCGGUGAUAAACCAUACUCCUGUAUAAUAUGUAAGAAGACAUUCUCCCAGAAAGCAAAUGUUGCAAGACACAUGAAAACUCAUGGGAUUGGAAGUGUUCAGGAAGAAGAUGGUGAUCAUGCCUAUAUCACGCCUGUGCCAAAUAUCGUGGAGGAUUCUGUGAAUAAUGAAGUGAACACUUUUGAGGUGAAGGAGGAAAUAUCCAUUGAUGAACAUGAAAUAUGCCUUCAGAACAUAGACACUGUUAUGUCUGAUGAGAGAGUCUGUCUCCAAGAACCAACAUUUGAUAACCCGGAAGUAAUACAUGAAACAUAUAUGGACCAGCAACAUACACAUAAAAAGCCAACCAAUGAAGGAUUGAUGAUUGAGGCCAAGGGUGGUACUAUCUGUUUAUGCCCACUUGUUUGUCUACAUCUAUGUGCGGUGGCGGCGGAGCGAAGAAAAAUACAUUUCACUAUGGAUGAAGUUACAAUAAAGGAAGAGCCAUAUUCGGAUGGUGAGUUGGAUCCACUACAAACAACCAGUGAAGCUGCUGUAGACAUUGAGGAAGAAAAUGUCUGUAAAGAAGAGCCAGCAGUAUCUUCUGAAUGUAAUGAAAAUUCCUUAGACAUUUCUGCUGAAGAUUUGAAAGAAGAGCCAGAAUCUAUUGUGGUUGAACCAAACGUGGAUCUUGAAGAAAAUGAUGGAAACAGUGCUGUUGUGAAUCAUCGGAAUGAAGGCUCGCCAGCAAGUGGAAGUGGUCUGGCAUCAACAAUUCAACACAGCCAAACAGUAUGUGUGGACAGUAAAAAUACCUAUUUCAUUUGUGGGGAAUGUGGAAAAAGAUUUAAAGUAUUGAGCAAAUUGACUGAACACUCUUUUCUUCAUACGGGGGAAAAACCAUAUGUAUGUGAAAAAUGUAAUAGAGGAUUUCAUUCCAUGAAGACAUUGAAGAAACAUAUUCUGAUUCAUGCUGGAGCCAGAGUCAUUAGUUGUGAUGUGUGUAAUAAAAUUUUUAAUCAUAUUAGUGCUCUAAAAACACAUGCUGUGGUACAUACUGGUGAAAAACCAUACAUUUGUAAUGUAUGUGGUAAAGGUUUUACUUUUAAUAGUAAUCUAAAGAGGCAUUAUCUAACACACACAGGGGAUAGACCAUAUGUUUGUAAAGUAUGUAAUAAGAGAUUUACUGAUAUCACGACUUACAAAAGACAUUCACAGAUCCAUACAGGUGAGACGCCAUACAUGUGCAAAGUGUGUAGCAAGGGGUUCAGGGACAGUAGUACUCUAAAGAGGCAUUUUGUGACACAUACAGGUGAGAAACCAUAUACUUGCAAACUAUGCAGUAAGGCAUUUACAGAUUGCAGCAGUUUAAGAAGACAUUCUUUGAUCAGAAACUGUGUGAAGGGAAAGAAGCAUUAAUACAUUCGAUUAUUCAAUAUGUAUUCUAUUUUAAAUUAUAUUUUGUAAAUUAAUUAUUUAUGUGAUUUUACCCAGAUAGUAAACUGUAAACAUAUGAAGAAAGUUCAUAAUCAGUAUCUAAACGAACCUUUGUGUAAUAGUAAUUAUUUUGUGUGACAUUGUGGGAAAACUGUUAUGAGUUUAGUCUUUAUCAGAACUGAAAGGCAAGUCCUUUCAGGCAUUUUAUGAAAGUUGUGAUGCCUUAGUCCAUUAAUUACAAAAAAACUACAGUCAUGCUUUGACUCAACUAUUCAGUAAACAUUCAUAUAAGAAGGAUGAGGAAUCUUUAAUAAAACUGAUUGUGUUUCAACCGUUAUGCCUCUAGAAUAAUCUGAAGGUGCUAAAAUAUGGUAGUUAAUUUGUCAGCACAAGAGGCUGUGAACAUGUGGAUAGAGGCAAUGGAAUUUUAAAUUCACAAAAAUCCAUUCUUGGACUAAAUGACAGGUUUAAUCAAAUUUUAUUUUAUGUUCUAUUCAAGUCCUCUGAUAUCUAUAUAAUGUGUGUGAUUUAUAUUACAUUAGUAAUUUAGGUUGUUCUGGUGGUUAUCAGAGUGCUGACCAGAGACCAACAAGCCCAUUAGCACAUUAACAUACAAAGCACAACAUAAAAUUUCAUUUACUGUCUCUAGUGUUUCUGAUUUCCAAGGUCACAGUGAAGAUUCUGAAUUUAACAAACCAGCAUUUUGCAUUCUUUUCAAUUUUUUUCAUAAUGGUUGGUCCCUGCUACUGUACCUUUAGAUGUUAUUGUAAAGUAGUUCAACAUCUUCUGAAACAUUAUUUGUGUCUCUGGUGGCACUCCGCAGCUCACAAUCACAAGUGAAAAUUACCUCAUGUCCUUUACAGUUUGAUAUGCUUUUCGUUUUGAAAUCUCCGUCACUGACCCUGCUUUCCACAAGUUAAUUGUUAUUGUUCAGUUAUGUAUCAGCACAGAAUUAUCACUGUCAUUGUUUGUAUUCCAUAUGCUAUGUUAUGAAUCACUUAUAGUUAAUCUUUCAGUCACUUGCUAUAAAAACACUGCUGGUUCCUUCCUGUCCAGUGCUAUCAACUCAGGGACUCUGUAUAGUCUCAAGACAAUCUUUCAUUUGGUAUAUGAAAGCACACAUUAAGAACAGAAUUUUUCUCUUUCAUGAAAUGAAUACGUAAAUAAAUAGUAUCAAUCCAGACUAUAACAAUGUAGCAAUAGUAGUCAAGCUAUUAUAAAUAUAUACUAGAGUUACAAAAUGCCCUCAUCUUUAUUGUAUUUAUAGACCACACACAAAUACAAAAGAAUUGAUUACAGUUCUGACAUACAUUGCUUUGGUUCCAUUACACUUUGAAAGCAUCUAUAAGAUAGGAGCAUCACAAGACUUGACCAGAUAGAAUGCUUUAUUAAAGAAUGGUUGGAUACUUCUUUUUCUGUUCCGUGAUAACGAUUGUAAAAAUUUAAGGUACUUGUGGGUUAUCGGGACACAAAACGGGGGAGUCAAAUAUCUGGAGUUGGAUUAGCACGGAAAACUGUGCAUGCGUAUCAGUAUACCCGUAUACUCGGUUGUUGUUAUCUCUUAGUUCGUUAAGUUAUUUAUUGCUGUUUUUGACCUCCGGAGACAGUUAGUAAUAACUAUUAACAUCUCAUGCAUAUACAAAUAAUAUAUAAUAAUUUGUCAUUUAUUGAAAUAAAAUAUAAUAACUUUCAAGUAUAUGUCAUUUAUCCACACACAUUAACCUAACCUAACCUAUUUUUAAAGCGAUGUGUCCCGAUAACCCACAAGUACCAAAUUUAAUAUAAAGAUCAGAUUUUUGGCUUUUGAAGCAUACUGACUGCAUAUGAAAUAUCUUAAAAAUUUAUCAUGCAGAGAACACUGAAAGAUAGCAGAAGAGACAUCAAGAUGUAAUGCACUGAGUAUGGUUGAGAUGGCAUGGCAUUAAGAGGUUAAAAUAUAAUAAAUAAAAUAAGUAAAAUACUAACCUUUAUCAGGCAUGCAUCACGGCUUACAAGCGCUCCAACUGGGCCAUUCAUCGCAGUAUUAUACUGUUAACCAUUAAACAUUGAGUCAAAGUCCAGGUGGUAGCCCUGUAAUAUGGGGUUUAAAUCCCUUAUUCCCAUAUAAUAAAGGUUAAACCAUGGUGUGUUCAAAGUGCAGUCUUAA